AUGAAUUCUCACAAAAAAGAAGAAUGGGAAGAAAUUUCAUCUAUUGGAUCUUGUAAUUCAAAAAGUAGAGUACUUAAAUGUAGAAAGAAGAAUGGUUUGAUAGAAAAUGAAAAAGUUGAUAUUGUAGCUGUUAAAAUAAUAAAUAAAAAGUUUUUUAAAAGAAAUGAAACCGAUAUUUUAGAAAAAAUUAGAUUAUUUAAUAUACCAAGAUAUUAUUCACAUGCAGAAGAUGAUAAUUAUAUUUAUAUUUAUAUGGAAUAUAUUGAAGAUAAAAAACAAUUAAGAUUUAAAGAGUCUGAAAUUAUUUCAAUGAUUGCAGACCUAACUGAAACACUUUCAUUCCUUCAUAAACAUCAAAUUCUUCAUAGAGAUAUUAAACCAUCAAAUAUUAUAUUGGAUAAGAAUGGAGUAUUAAAAUUAAUUGAUUUUGGUUCAUCAAUUAUUGACCAACAACAAGAUGAUGGUGAUAAUAUUUGUAAAGAGAGUUCAUUUGCAAUCACUGGUACUCAUACUUAUAUGGCACCAGAAGUUAAAAAAUUACAUAGAUCAACUAAAAAAUCAGAUGUUUGGAGUUUAGGAUGUACAGUUCUUGAAAUUGUUGGUGGUAAUCCAAAGAAAAUAUUUGAUGGUAUUCCAAUUAUACCAAAUCAUGUUUCAGAGAUUAUGGUUGAUUUUAUAAAACGUUGUCUAAUAAUUGAUCCAAAUAAAAGAUCACAUAUGGAAGAAUUAUUAACUCAUAGAUUAAUUUCAUCAAUGGUUGGACAAAAUAAAAAUAGAGAAAAUAAUAUUGAACCAAAAUUUAAUAAUGAUUAUUUAUCUUCAAAAUUUCCAGAAAGAUUUGCACCAAGAUUUGAAAAACCAAAAUGGGAAAUUGAAUUUAAUGAAUUAAAAUUUAAUAAAGAUGAUACAGUUGGUGGUGAUGGAUUUUUUAGUGUUGUAAAGAAAGGAUAUUAUAAUGAGACUGAAGUUGCAAUUAAAUUAAUAAAGAAAGCUCAUGGUGAAAAUGUUACAGUUUGUGAUACAUUUUAUCAUGAAGUAUUGAUAAUAUCGAAUUUAAGACAUCCAAAUAUAGUUCAAUUCAUUGCUGCAUGUAUUAAAUUUGACAAUAAAGAAGUGAAUCAUUGUAUAGUUUCAGAAUGGAUGUCUGGUGGUAACCUUUCACAAUUCAUUUCAAAUGAACGUAAAAUUCUAGAAAUUAAUCCACAUUUACGUGUUAAAAUUUUAUUAGAUAUUGCAAAAGGUAUGCUUUAUUCUCAUAGACAAGGUAUAAUUCAUCGUGAUUUAACUUCAAAUAAUGUAUUAUUAAAUUUUAGAAAAAAGAAAUUAUUAAAUAAUAAUAGUAGUAAUAAUGAUGAACAAUUUUAUGAUUCUGAUGAAAUUAUAGCAAAAGUUUGUGAUUUUGGUUUAUCAUCAAAUCAAAGUGAAUCAAAGAAAUUAAGAGGUGGUUCAAUACAUUAUAUGGCACCAGAGAAUUUAAAUGGUUCUCCAAUUAAUGAAAAAUCUGAUAUCUAUUCAUUUGGUUUAUUAGUUUGGCAAAUGUUUUCAUAUGCCUCUCCAAAUACAAUUUAUUCACCAAAAGAGAUGGCAUCAAUGGUUUCUGAUGAAAAAUUAAAUUAUCGUCCACAAAUACCAUUUAAUGUACCUUUAAAAUUUAAAGAAUUAAUAACACAAUGUUGGGAUAGAAAUCCAUUAAAUAGACCAAAAGAUUUCUCUGAAAUAAUUGAUAAAUUAAAAGAUAUAAAUCAAAUUUAUUUCCAAGAUAAUUCAAAUGCAUCAACAAUUUCUUCAACAGCUAUCACUACAACAAUUUCUACAAUUUCAAUUUCCAACUCUGGUAAUUCUAGUUAUUCUACAUCAGAUGACUCAUCAACCUAUGGUAGUGGAUUUUAUAAUUCAGGAUUUUUGUAA